AGCUUAGAAUCGACCACGCCCAACAUCUGAAGUCACCGAAAAUGGUGUGUGAUUGCGCUUGCAUGUGAUUUAUUUACAAGUACAUACCAACUGAAAGAUUGCUACACUCAACUCGGCUAGGCUACACUCGAACUAAUCGUUUCGGUUCUUACUUUAUACUCGCCUCGACUCUAACUUCGAAAAUACUCGACAACAAUAGAGCAACCCUGUGGCAUGAUGACAUCAACCACGGGUAUUCCUGGGUCGGGCAAGCAAGACCGAGUCAAGUUGGCUAUUCAGUCUGAGCCCCCCUUCCCCCCCAAACAGCCCCUCCUCCUCAUAGUGCUACAAAACCUCCCCCUAACAUCGAUCAUUCGUGACGUUUGUGCCCAGUGGAGUGUCGAGAACCCUGAACGCCAUGCCUUCAAAUAUGCAGACCCACCCCCUAACGCUCCUGCCCCCAAAUUUGGUUACAUAACUGAAGAUAAUCGCCACAAACUCCGGGACGGUGAUAUCUUGAAGCUUGCACUUGCUCCGUCGGUAGCUGCUGAAGAGCUCUUUAGGAAGAUAAGUGCGAAAACGAGUGAUGAUAAAUUGCAAUCCGUUAAAGAAUUGUAUUCUCUAUCAAAGGAUUACGUUUUUGCUUUGGAAUUCAUCAAGCUUGAGGGGAUACAGUGCCUGUCAACGGCAGUUGAGGGAAGCCAACUGGCCAACGAAGUAGAAAAAGAGCAGCUAGCUCACAUUCUGGGGGCUUUUCUGGAGCUAAUGGAGCAUGGUAUUGUGUCUUGGGAUGCUCUCACUGAGAAUUUCGUCAAAAAGCUCAUCAACUUCAUCGAUAAAUCGCUCGAUCAUCCCGAAUACUUCCAUCCAUUGGUUAUCUCCAGAAGUUUGGCUAUUUUGGAGUCAAUUGUCCUUAAUAGCUCGAAGUUUUACCAAACGGUUGCCAAGGAGAUGUCUGUAAGUACACCUAUCCCUUUCCUAUCUUCACCGGCUGUGGAAGUCAAGUAUAACACUCUGGCAUUCAUCAAUGCAAUGAUAUCGAAAGCCAACAAUCGAGAAGAAGUCAUGCAUGAACUUUCUCUGAACAGAUUCAGUCGAAGUCUCCUUGACGCAGUGCUCAACCACUUCCACGGCGACGUGCCCCAAGAGAUAGCACACGAGCUAUACGUUUUCCAGUGUCAUGUUCUGAAUAUGGUGGAAAGUCGAAUGAAAAUGAGGUUUGUGACAGGAGACCCAAAGAUGGAAGAGGAUGCCCGCUUACUCCCAACUAGAGCCUUCCCUGAUGAGUACUCGGGUAGUAAACAUGGUGCACCGAUAUCUGAACAGCACUGGAAGCAAUUGGGAUUCAUGAAGGGAGACCCACAAGACGAUUUCAACGAGUCUCCUCCUGGCAUCUUGGCUCUAGAUUGCAUGGUGUAUUUCGCCAAGUCCAAGCACGAUACGUUCACAAGGUUACUUUUCUCCUACACAGAUAGCCAGUGUCCGUUUGCCCUCACCUGUAUCGCUCUCACCAAGGUCCUCUGCCAGAUAUUUCGCAUUGGUGAGCAACCCUCUGAGAUUGGCUACGAAUUCAUCCCUGUGCUUGUGUGGUCUGAGGAGCCGUUUAAAGAAGUAUUCUCAAUCGGGAUUCAACUUCUAUUCAAAACGUGGAGAGAAAUGAGAGCCUCUGUGUUGGAUCUUGAGAAAGUGCUAGCUGUUGUGAUGAAACAGAUCACUACAGUACUCCAAGGUGGUGGUUCUUCUCUGACAAGUUUCGAUAUCUUCAAACAGCGUCUCUUUGACCUCAGCUACAAAAAAAUCACUUCCAGUGAGGAAAGUAGUCAACUUCUCGACGAGUCUGUGCUCAAGUCAAAACCUGUCCAAGAGCUGUGUGUAAAAAUUAAGCCGCAGCUUCUCGAGCUUGUCAAGGAAGAAAGAUUACGUCAUCUGAUCGAAGGUUCAGGAUUUCCCAAAUCAAGUCGAAGGAGGGAUCAGUUCUUCUAUUGCCGUCUCGCACCUAAUCAGAAGGUGUUUCACUUUGGAGAUACCACUACUGUCAACCAAGUGCCCCCUAUCGAAGCUUUGGACAAAAAGAUCCAAGUGUCUGAGAUGAGACUCGAAGUGGGUGCUAAUUGCCCACACUCUUCUACCAUCAAACGAGGACAGGUUCCAAAUAUUUUCUCUAUUUUUUACGAAGGAGACGAGCAUCUUGAUUUCAUUGCACCCAACCUCACUGUGUUCAAUAUUUGGGUGGAUGGACUGUCGAUUUUGACUGGGAAGCGAAUGCCGAGCAAAGCUUCUGAAGACGAUUUAGAGACUCUGCUCAACAUGGACUUGAAACUGCGAUUGCUCGACAUUGAGAAUGUCACGAUUCCAAGUGUUCCCCCGUCCAUUCCGAAGGAACCAGCCGAUUAUGACUUUUAUUACAAACUAGACAAUUAAUAUAACAUGAUAGCAGCUUGGUUAGUCUAGAUUUGUCUUCAGGAUGCUAGUGACACAGUGUAUCAUUCUGUCCCUUUGUUAAUUUUAGUAUUUUCAUGCCAAUUAUGUAGUCCCUGAUCAUUAUGCUGGGAUAAUACAUUUG